AUGUCCAUUUUCUGUUGCUAUCGUACCCAGCGGACGGCAGGCCGAGAAACUGGUCAGGACGUAUUUGAACUUCCAAUUCGCCCGCCACGUGUGAAGUUAUCCAGUACAUCGUUCCCUACAUCUGGAUUUGAACUACCGCCACCAGAGAUCGUAGCUAAGGAAACACCAUCGCUUUCACAUAACCAAAUACAGGAGGCUACGGUAGAUCCUACUAUUAUCGAAAUCGAAGAUUCGGAUGAUGAUGAACUGGUACGGAGUACCAGAAACUCUAGCACGGGUACUCUAGGAGCUAUUAGAACCAAGUUUAUUAGACGCUUGUCUCAAAAGUCCGAAUCUAAAAGACAUUCGCAACAAUCUCUUGGUACAAGCGAUGGGGAGAUCGCACGGCGGGCUGAACUGAAGCGACUAAUGCGAAAAAGAAUCCAGGAGGAGUUGAAAAGUGAAAAAGAACAAGAAGAGGUCGAGACGAAAACGGGAAAUACUGAAGAAUCGAAACCGUGCAGCACCGCUAACGUCGGAUUUCCUCGUGGUGGGCCGCGCGAUAAUAUAGAAUUUUGUGUCUUGGAUGUGAGCGAAACUAGUCCUCGGGAUAAUGACUGUGGCUCACCGGGUGUUAUGCUCCUUGCUCUCCCGGCCAGCCGUUCUCAACCAGGAAUUUCCCUUCGCCGGUGUAGCUAUCCCGGUUCUGGUUCAGCCUCUCGAGCUCACGAUGGCACCAGUCUAGAGGGUCGUGGAGCCGUGAGGGCACGCAACUCCUUACCACGAUUUCCCUCUUCUCCCCAGCUAACUCCCGUUCAUAUACCGAGUGAUAGAGGCUCGGAAUCCCUCUGUUCAUGGCGACUUUCCUACAGCGCCGAGCAACUGGCGAGGUACAUUGGGGUACCCGAGGCGAUUAACCCUGACGAAACCUAUGAGCUCGCUGAAAUCAAUACCCGAGACGGUAUAAUUGAUAGAGAAGAUGAAAGUAUGAGCCAAGUUGAAGACAAUCUGCUAUGUAUCAAAGGGCCCGCGACGAACGAUGAACCAGGUGAGGAUAGAGUUCACGACAAAUUGAUCCUAGGCAAAUGUCAGCAACAUAUCCAAAGCGACACGGAAAAUUCUGAAAGUCUAUACAGUGGAGGUCUUGAAGACACAAGCUUUAACCAAGAUUCGCCAUUAGAUAUAUGGUUACGGAGCCAAGAGUUGCAAUCGGCGUCAACUACACCAAGUAGAAAGACGAGUGAUAUGGUACAGCGGAUCGUUCCAGAAAGCUCUGGUGUUAGCGGCCCUCAAAACGCUUUAGACAGUGUAUCUGGAAUGCGGCAUAGUCCUCUAGAAGUACAGCCACGCAACUCAAAUGAAGAUACAAGAGUCGAAUUAGUUGAGAUGCUAAGUAAUUGGCCUAGCGAGUUGCAACAGUUGCAACGGUCUAUGAGGAGACCUAGCGAUGCCUUUGAUGGCCAAGGUUUGAAGCCAAUUGACCAGCCUCAAGAAGCCUCUUCAUCUUUUUACGCAUCUUCACGGUACACCACCAAACCCAAUAGUUUCCAGAAUGUGGAAAAAGAGUCUCGUUUGAGCCUGAUGGAGUUUCUGGGAGGCCGGAAGAUGGUGGCUCCAUUCUUAGGACUCAAUCGGUUCACAUCGUCCAAUCGUACGACAGAUGCCGAGAAGUCAGACGUCAGCUCGUACAAGACUGCUCCUAACAACGCCUCAGCGUUAGACGUGGCUAUACAAGGAACUCGGCAAAUACAACGUCCUACGGCGGAGACAAACUCAGCAGCCGUCUCAGAUACGGCAAGUUUCCGACAACGAGAGACUGAGCUUAGAUCGAUUGAAAAGCGAUUCGGACGAACUCAUCCCCGCCGUGAUACUACCGCUCCGAUGGUCAGCAAGUUCCGAGAGGAAUUUAGUGAACCCAGGACCAGAACUUCGAUAAUUUCCAAGAACUCCAUACUAGCUAAGUUUCACUUACAGAUUCACAAAAUAGCGAAAUAUCCAACUCCAGAUUUACGACGGUAUAGUGUACGCGACACCAAGUGUAGGAGUGAACCGAAUCUAGACGCUGAAGGUGCUCGCCUUGGGCAACAUAAAGAACCUGAAGAUGUUGCAAACUCUGUGGACCCGCGGCAACAGACUGCUGUAUUUGAUGGGCACAUCCCCAAAAUUCGACGGCAAGAGGUGAAUUCUUUAGAGUCUCUAGGGUAUCAAAAAACCACUCAUAUCGAUCAUAUACUCCACCCGAAGCCAAGAAAAGAACAAGGUUCGUCUCUUAAACCACCAUCUCGCCACGAAAACAAUAGAAGUCAACAAUCAGACAUAUCUAGUACAGUCCUCAGAGAAUGGGUAAACUUGAUGAAUGAUCAAGAUUUGAAGCCCCAGGACGAACCGAAAACGGAGCCGCAAAGCCAUGCUCUAUGGAGAUUCCGGACACCUCCUGCAUCAUGGGCAAAAUGGCCCUCACAUACACGCCAACAGAGAACGGGGCCGGCAGGAGAAGAAGAUAAUGUGAUCCCGAGAGAUUUCGCAGUUCGAGUAGAAUCAAAUGGUAGUGGUACGACGUGGUCUACGGAUAGACUUGGCGAGUCAUCAAAGAGACACGUUACCCCUACGCGAAGUUUAUCCGCUCAGCUUGGUAGAGUUGUGAAAGGGGGUUUAAGCAGAGUUGUUCAUGGAACUCUAAAUCGGGCUUCCUCAGAAACAUACCAUACUCGACAGAAGCUGGACGGACACUUGGAAUACCCCGAGCUUGAGAUUCUCCCGAUACAAGGAGGCUACGAAGACCUACAGGCACUCGAACAACAAAUCGAUACAAUGAAGCGCGGGUCUGCGGCUGCAGAAAGCCAAUUAGCUAGCCUGGGUAUGGAUAACAUGCGACCGCCCCUGAGCGCACGCCUGGCUGAGGAGGUACAUAUGAUACAGCAUAAAGUCCCCAGAGAGGGUUUCCAGGAUGACGAGGCCGCGGUACAAAAUUCACUAAUAAUUCCUAUCACAACACUUGUGCAAGCAAAACCGACUCCACAACGUAUUACCGUAGCGGCUAGUCGAUCCAGAGCACCCGGAUCCUACGACAGUGACGAACUCCGUGGACAUGAACAAAGACCAGAAAACAACAUCGUAAUGGCAGAGGAUACUCGCAGCACGCGGGCAGUUUGA